CGGAACAGUUAUGCUGUGACGCCGUCCCUCGCUACAAGGGUUGUUUUUUGGAUGUCUGAUAUGAGUGGAUGCAAGAUCCUGAGGAUGGAGCCAUCUUAAAGAUCUGACUCCAGAGGGUCUGUACAGCUGAAAGAUGCGGUCAGGACUUGUUGCUACUGCCUGCCACUCUCUGAAGUGGACACUGCCUCAAUUGAAAGCCACUUUUCACAGAACUUAUAGCCCAUUAAAGCCAGCACAUUGGCUACGGGGAACUGUAGUUCAAAGAGGGGCUCAUAGAUGGACGACAGCUCCAUCUACAAGGUUAAACCAGAAGCCAGUGUUUACCAGAGCUCCAGCAUUUGGAGAUAAGCUCGCUAUCCUAGACAGCAAUGGCACCCACAGCUACAAGCAGCUGUAUUGCAGCAGCUUGGGUCUCGCAGGUAGAAUCAAGACAGCUCUCAACUCUAACUGUGGGGAGUUAGGAGGAAAACGAAUAUCCUUCUUGUGUGCUAAUGAUGCUUCCUACACAGUGGCACAGUGGGCAGCUUGGAUGAGUGGUGGGACGGCGGUGCCACUCUUCCCAAAACAUCCAGAGUCUGAGCUGGAGUACAUCAUCUCUGACUCCCAGAGUUCCCUGCUUGUGGCAGGGCAUCCCUAUGCUAAAACCCUGGAGCCGCUUGCUCGGAGGCUGGGGCUGCCCUGCCUGACACUGCCCCCUACUUCGGACCUAAGCACUUUAUAUGGGGCAGACACCCAGGAGAAGGAGAAAGAAGACAUCACAGACUGGGCUGAUCGACCAGCUAUGAUCAUCUACACCAGUGGUACCACAGGGAGACCCAAAGGAGUUCUACAUACGCACAGCAGCAUCCAAGCUAUGAUCCAGUGUCUGGUUUCAGAGUGGGCGUGGUCCAGAGAUGAUGUCAUCCUCCACGUCUUGCCGCUCCACCACGUGCAUGGCAUCGUUAACAAGCUGCUGUGCCCGCUCUGGGUGGGCGCCACCUGCGUCAUGCUGCCUGAAUUCCAGCCUCAGAAGGACCUCUACAACUUAAUGGCAGUGAAGGUAGAUGGAAAGCUGAUGGUCUCGGGCUCAGCUGCCCUCCCUCUGCCCACCCUGCAGCGCUGGGAGGAGAUCACAGGACACACUCUGCUGGAACGCUACGGCAUGACAGAGAUCGGCAUGGCACUGUCCAACCCUCUGAAGGGCCCACGCAACCCAGGCGCUGUCGGGUUGCCUCUUCCCACUGUGGAUGUCCGGAUUGUUAUGAAUAACACUAUCAACACCACCAUUGUGGAGGGAAAUCACAGCGAGACUCAGGUCCGUCCAGGUCUGGAGGGAAAAGAAGGGGAGCUCCUAGUUCGAGGUCCGUCUGUUUUUACAGAGUACUGGAAUAAACCUCAAGAGACCCAAGAGUCUUUCACUGAGGACGGAUGGUUCAAAACAGGAGACACAGCGGUCUAUAGAGAUGGUGUGUAUUGGAUAAUGGGCCGCACCAGUGUUGACAUCAUCAAGAGCGGCGGCUACAAGAUCAGUGCCCUCGAGGUGGAGCGGCACCUACUGGCUCAUCCAGGCAUCCUCGAUGUGGCUGUGAUCGGAGCACCAGAUGCUACCUGGGGUCAGAGAGUCACCGCAGUGGUGCAGCUGAGGAAAGGGCAGAGUAUGACCCUGGAAAAGCUGAAGACCUGGGCAAGGAAGCACAUGGUGCCCUACACCAUCCCCACAGGCCUGCUGCUGGUGGACGAGUUGCCGAGGAAUCAGAUGGGCAAGGUCAACAAGAAGGACCUCCUAAGACACUUCUUCCCCUGACUGAACCUCAACCUGCAGGUUCCUGGUGAAGAACUGUAGAUGUACGCCACAUCCCGGCUGUCCCCAUCUGCUCCUUAGAUCAGACAAACAUUACUGACAAGUGUACAGAGGAAAUACUAAGUAAUGAAAAACCCCUCAUGGAAAAUGACUUGACCUCUGAGGUAACUAAAUCACAACUACGAACACUGCUACAAAGGUAAUUCUAUUAUGUGGAAAGCCAAUUAUGUCAAGCUUUGUUCAUCAGUUACUGUGCAAGAUGGGUCUGAUAGAAUAUUGUAUUGAGUCAAUGUGAAACUCCACAGAAUGUGUGUCUGGUUGCAACUGCAUUUAUAUAGAAAAGUCAAAGUUACCUACAUAGUGAGCUAACCAACACCUAUGUGACAGACAUAUAAACGACGUCAACGACUGUGACACACUUUUGUGGGAUUCUUUAUUGUAGUUGUGUCCCAGAUCCGUUAUGCAGUAUGUUGCAGUGCUAAUUUAUUUUAAACUAAUGGUAAAAAAUGUUGGAAAAUAUAGAUUUAUAAUAAUACAAACCUGUUAUAGGAGAACUACAGGGUCUACUGCUCAAUAUGCCUCACUGAGAUCGGAAAUUGCACAUACCAUGGAACUGGAUAUUGAACUGUUCCAAUACAAAUACAGCGUGCAGCAGUUCCUAUUGGUGAAGAGUGUUUUAGGAACUUGAAUUGGUGAGUCUGAUGUUUUAUUGGUGAAAAUGUUUUGAUCAGAUCAUUCGAAAUGACUUUUGAGCGGUGCGAUGUCUAGAAUGAGGGAUAAUUACACUCGCACUAAACUAAAUAUAGACAAUGAUGGUAGAAAAGAAGACAACUUUGAAUUAUGAUCAUCGAUAUGAAUCACCUCAUGAUGUACACACACCGGUUCACUUGAAAAAACAAAUGAAUUAAAGAGUUUUAUUAAACAGU